UCCUAGAGUAAUAUGACGGAGGAAGUGGAAGUGGCUCGGCUGGACCUUGGUCUACUAGUGUUUUUAGCAGUAGGAGUUAUAUCACUUUGCAUUUGGCCUUCCUAAAUCCGGACAGGGAAAGGAAAGGAAGAUAUUAUUAUCAGGUCAGCUGCACGUGGAGCUCCAGCUGACAAACACACCAGAGCUUUAUCUCUGUGGCCACAGAUAUUUGGACACCAUGGCAACAGAGGGGGAGCCCACAGACACCAUGGCAACAGAGGGGGCACCCACAGACGUGGUCAAAGUGCUGCACCUCCUGGUUCUCUCCUUCUCCUGGGGCAUGCAGCUCUGGGUCUCCUUCAUAGCAGGCUUUGCGUUGGUGCGGCAGGUGAGUCGGCACACCUUCGGCCUGGUGCAGAGUAAGCUCUUCCCGGUGUACUUCCACUGCCUGCUGGCGAGCAGCGCGGUCAGCCUGGCUGUGUUCGCGGUGUACCGCCCCACGCAGCUGCUGGACUGGCAUCAGAGUCUGCAGAUGGGUCUGUUCUCCGUGGCUCUGGUGGCGGUCAGUCUGAACGCGCGGUGGCUCGGCCCGGCGGCCACGGAGGUGAUGCUGCAGCUCCAGGAGGUGGAGAAGGAGCACGGCCUCGGGGGCCAGGUCGGGCUGGGCAGCCAGACGGAGGCCUACGCCACGCUCAAAGACCAGGACCCCAAGUACAGAGCCUACAGGCGCACGUUUGGCCGCUACCACGGGCUGUCCAGCCUCUGCAACCUGAUCGGCUUCAUCUGCACCACCGUUAACCUGAUCUACACAGCUCUGAAUCUAUCCUCCAUUUAGAGCGGAGUACUAUGUCACUAGGCUCGGGCAUCGUUUGGAUAUUAAGGAUUCUGAUUCCUAAUCCCGAUUCUUCCUUGUGAUUCCGGUUCUAAUCGAUUCUUGAUUCUGAUUCUUUGAGGGGUGUGUCGGUACACGAUCCGUUCUGCACAUGCGCAAGAUAUUACUGUUUACGACC